ACGGACUAUAUAUAGGUGGGCCCGAUCAGCCGUAAGUCGCUAUUUUCACACUCCGUAUUCUACUUGUUUAGACCACCUGCACAGUCGCGCCACCACCAUGACCACCGUCGACGGUGCUGCUACUCGAAGGACCACCCCUACUAAAAAACGCCAGCAAAGGAAGAAGAAGAAGAUUUCCCAAACCACCACAGAGAAAUCCCAUCCUCCGAUCCGCGAUCCCGAUAACCAGCUAGCUAAGGUAAUCCCAUCCCUCGUCUCCACCGCAAAUUCCGCCUACUCAUUCCUCCUCCGCCACGACCUCCAACUCCUCCCUGACCAAUUGCUCUCCCUCGAGUCCCUCCUCGCUUCCACCUCUCUCUCCGUCUCCAAUCUAUUUUCUCUCCUUUCUCUUCCGCCUCUUCCGCCGGCCAUGUCAGUACCCAACGCCCCCAAUUCCUCAGACUCCCAUUGCUGGUUCCACCGCUUCCUCGCCUCCGCUGAUUCCGAUUCGGAUCCCCGUUGGGUCCAUUUCUUCAAUCUGACCAAACCCUCCUUUACGCUCCUUCUCCGGCUUCUCAGCUCUUCUAUAACUCACAUCUUCCCCCUCUCUUCGAGUUAUGCCCUAGCCGCCACCCUCCUACGCCUCGCCCACGGCGCCUCCUUCUCCGCUCUCUCUAGACGCUUCGGCAUUGACUCUGCCACAGCUUGCCGCGCCUUCUACGCCGUCUGCAAAGCAAUCAACGAAAAGCUCAGCUAUUUGUUUGAGUUUAUGUCGGACAUCAAUCGGACCAUCGUUGGGUUCGGAUGGAUUUCACUCCCCAACUGCUGUGGAGUUCUUGGACUGGAGAAGUUUGAGUUUGAUGAUAACGGAAAGUAUUUCGUAGUUCAAGCAUUGGUGGACUCUGAAGGAAGGUUCUUGGAUGUUUCUGCCGGGUGGCCGUGCACCAUGAACCCUGGGAACAUUUUGAGGCAAUCUAAGCUCUUCUCUGGUGUGGAAGAAUCAAAUGAAUACUUAAAGGGACCAUCUUUUGAAUUGGACGAUGGCAAAUCAAUCCCUCAGUACAUAUUGGGUGACUCUUGUUUCCCUCUGCUACCUUGGCUUCUCACCCCUUACCCUGGAUCAGCUGAAGAAGGCAACUUAAGUCCAGCAGAAGCUGCUUUUAAUGCAGUGCAUGGCAGGGCGAUGAAUGUGCUGAGGAAAUCCUUUAGGAGGAUUAGAAUGAGGUGGAAACUUGUGGCUGAUAAAUGGAAGGGACAAUGUGACGAGGCAUUUCCGUUCGUUUUUAUCUCGUGUUGUUUGUUGCACAAUUUUUGUAUCAAGUGUAGUGAACCGUUGCCUGAUGAAAGUGCUCAAUUCUUGAGGAGAAGUGAUGAGUUUCCAAUGUGCCAUGAUGUAGAGUUUGAUAACAGUGGGAAGAAGACCAGAGAUGCACUUGCCUCACUUUUGGUAAAUCAGACCACAUCAAUCCUGUAAUCUGAAUAUAUGCUUUUUCCUAGGAUGCUUUGUUUUGUGUAGUAUGCAGUUUUUUCUGUUUAUGGAUUCAAGUAUUCUAAGAAUCUGUUCUCUUUUUGUACAUAUUUAGUUCCAUUUCGUUCGAAUGAUCUGUUCGGAACUGGCUCUCAUUAAAAUUGCGAGUGCCUAAGUCCUAUUUUCCAUAAAUAUGCAAAAGAAACCAGUUCUCUAUUAUUAUUUUC